AGCACUGCUGGUCUCUGACUUUCAUUUCGCGUAAGAGAACACCAUGUGAUGAUAUUAGUCUGGGAGAGAAAGAGGAAGUGAGGAAAACACACACACAGGGAGAGAGGGAGAGAAUCAGAGAGAGUCCAGAGGGUCACAGAGAUAGUGCUCAAGGGAGAGCCCAGGGACGGAGCCCGGGGGGAUCUAGACAGGCCUGGAGGGAUGAGGAAAAGGAAUAGGUGACAGAGAGGGAGGCAAGACAGACCGAGUGGGUGGGGUUGGGCCCAGAGCAGAGAGAAAGCCCUGGAGAAGGACAGACAGAUCAGAGGUAGGUGGGUGGGUGAGUAUUUGGGUCAGAGAAUCACAACGGAAAAGGAGAGCCUAGGAGAACAGGGGACCAACAGGAAGAGUGGGAGAAGAGAGGAAGCAGAGAAGAGGCUGAAGAGAGGAGAGGAGCAGGGAAGGAGGAGGAAAGAGAGUGGGAGGAAGAGGGGAGAGGGAGAAGAUAAGAGGGGAAGGAAGGGAAGAGAGAAAAGCUUUAAGGUGAGGUAGAGAAGAGCUGGAGAGGGAGGUAGGAAGAUGGAAGACUAGAAAGAAUCAGUGGGAGGGAAGGGCUGAAGGCGGGCUGUGCCACCGAGAGCCAUGGAUGGGGAUGGAAUGCCUGGGGAGAAGAGGCCCCUUCUGGGCCCCACCCAGAGGAGCCAUGGCCCAGUGGUCCAGGGAGGCCGCCGUCGAGCUGCGUGUGCUGCUGUGCUCCUGGUUGAGAUGCUAGAACGAGCUGCCUUCUUUGGCAUCUCUUCCAACCUGGUCCUCUACCUCAACAGUAAAAACCUCAACUGGGACGGUGAGGAGGCGUCUCGGGCCGCCUUGGUCUUUCUGGGGGCUUCCUACCUCCUGUCGCCCAUCGGGGGGUGGCUGGCAGACGUCUACCUGGGCCGGUACACCACCAUCAUCACUAGCCUCCUCAUUUAUCUGGUCGCCUCCUGUUUGUUGCCCAUCACCGCCUUCCCUGAUGGCCGGAAUUCCUUCUGUGGGGAGAUGCCCCUCUACAUCAUCCAGCCCUCUUGCUCUGACAAGGGCUGCUUGGAGUCCCACAACCCCUACUGCGCCCCAACCAUGUAUGGAGGCCUUCUUCUGCUGGCCUUGGGCAUCAGUUCAUUCAAGGCCAACCUCACAUCUUUUGGUGCUGACCAGGUGAUGGAUCUUGGCAGAGAUGCUACCCGGCGCUUUUUCAACUGGUUUUAUUGGAGCAUCAACCUGGGUGCAGUUCUGUCCCUGGUCGUGGUAGCCUUCAUCCAGCAGAAUAUCAGUUUCCUGGUGGGCUACAUUAUUCCCGUGGCAUGUGUUGGCCUCGCCCUGCUUGUCUUCAUCUGUGCAACCCCUACUUUCAUCACCAAGCCCCCCACUGGUAGCCAAGUGUCCUCUAUGCUGAAGCUUGCCUUCCAAAGAUGCUGUCCUGGGUGGUGCAGCCGCUGUUUAGUCAGAGCCUCACAAGAUGCAGAUGGCCUGCCUGCCAGGUGGUCACCAUCAAGUCAUUCUCACCGUGAAGACGUCACCAACUUCCGGGUGCUGGUGAGGAUCCUGCCAGUGAUGUUGUCACUAGUGCCUUAUUGGAUGGUGUAUUUCCAGAUGCAGUCCACUUAUGUCCUACAAGGCUUGCACCUCCAAAUCCCACACAUUUUCCAGACCCACUCGGACAAUGGCAACAACAGUGACACACUUUCCCAGGACAGUGGAAACUACAGGUUUCCAGAAGCCUGGCUCCUUUUGGCCAAUGUGGUCGUGGUGCUGAUUCUGGUGCCCCUCAAAGACCGAGUCCUCGACCCGUUCCUGCAGCGGCGGAAGCUGCUUCCCUCACUGCUCAAGAAGAUGGCCCUGGGCAUGUUCUUUGGGUUUGCCUCCGUCAUUGUGGCAGGCAUCCUGGAGACCAAGAGGCUCCAAUACAUUCACCGCAAUGAGACGGUGGCUCAGCAAAUUGGACAAGAUGAGUACUUCGCAGCGCCUGUGUAUAUCUGGUGGCAGAUCCCUCAGUAUCUCCUCAUUGGCAUCAGCGAGAUCUUUGCCAGCAUCCCAGGUCUGGAGUUUGCCUACUCAGAAGCCCCCCGGUCUAUGCAGGGGGCCAUCAUGGGCAUCUUCUACUUCCUGUCUGGUGUUGGCUCAUUUCUGGGCUCCGGCCUGGUGGCUUUGCUGUCCCUCCCAGCAGGGGGCUGGCUGCACUGUCCCAGGGAUUAUGGAAACAUUAACAAUUGCCGGAUGGAUCUCUAUUUCUUCCUGCUGGCUGGCAUCCAGGCUGCCACAAUCCUCUUGUUCCUCUGGAUCACCAGUAUCUACGAGCGGUCAGCUCCUCCUCCUCCCCCAACCUGCCGCCACUGCGCCGGGAAAGAUGGCGGCUGAGGGGCGCAGGGGGCCAGGUCCGAGCAGAGUUAAUAAGCACAAGGGCCAGGACUUGCCACCUCAGGGCUCCGAUUCCCUUUCCAUUUUAUUUUGUACCCAACGUAAGAAUAAAACAUUUGUCAUAAAUAA